CUGGCUUGAUGUGUUUUGACAAGCAGUUAGGGGCAGCAGACGCAAAGCCACGAAUUUGUGACAAAGCCAAGCCUUGUGAUGAAGCGUUUUCGACCAACAAUUGCUUGCGGGCGUCGUAGUCAGUAUCGAGAGGGAUUCAGACAAGUUCGGAUAUUUGACGUCAUCUGAAGUAUCACGACUUGCCAGCUUUGGUAGUGCUAGACAUAACGCUGGUUAAAACUUGCGAGAGCUGCGUCAGUUGCUACCGCGCGAGACAGCUAUCUAAAAGGGAGAUUAGCGUUUGGUGAGGUAUAACAAAGAAGACAGAUCUGUUAAGCAAUGUUUUUACUCUUAAAUAGGGAGAGUGUUAUGCGCGUUGUCAUAACAUAGCAUUUGCGUGUCUCUUUGUGGAGACAAUGAUCCAUUGAGAAAGGGUUCACAUUCGAAGACGCAGUUGGAAUUGCAAGCAGAUCCGCUUGCUCUACCUGUGCGUAGGGUUGGGGAUGGUUCGAGGGGUCAUCUUCAGAUGUCUCUCUGUUUAAUCGGAGUUAUUGUUAGUUGCGUCGCAAGCUAGACAGGGGCGUCCGUUUACAUUUGGUGGACGGAUAAGGGGAUGAAACGACUGACAAAAGAUGUAUCUUCUGUUUAUGGUGCAAGCAGUAGCUAGCAGCUAAGCUAGCUACGUGGUCAGCGUCGUAGUUAAUCAAACUGACCAGCUGAUGUCUUUCUCCUUAUCCUCCUCUGCUAGCUAGCCAUCAGUAUCUAAAAUAAUUGAUGGAGUAGUUUGCGUUUACAGGAGAAACAUUGUUACGUUACUGGUGAGGGGGACAGUAACGUUAGCUACAAAAUAACGUUCAUGUUACUUCGCUGCAGUGGCUUUGCAACAUAGGCAGUUAUCCUAGUUGCUUUGGCCAACUUGGAACAAGUCUGGGCAAACGCUUUCUGCGUUUGUCGUCAAAUUAUAUCAAUAAAAUUCAAAAGUUUUGCAGACAGAAGAGUGUUCUGCAAACGGAAGAGUGGAGCCCUGGGGAUUCCUGUUAAACGUCAAGCUGGCGAACAUGAAACCCGACCGAGAUGCAGGUGAGGAGUUUUUUGAGCAUGAUGCGGAGGAGUUCCUGGUGUUCCUGACACUGCUCAUCACAGAGGGCCGCACGCCGGAAUGUUCCGUCAAGGGCCGCACUGAGGGCCUCCACUGCCCCCCCGCCCAGUCAGCGCAACCAGUCACCAACACCACCAAGCACGAAUGCAGUGACAAACUGCCACAGUGUCGGCAGGCCAAGAAGACGCGCUCGGAGGUGGUGCUGCUGUGGAGGAACAACAUUCCCAUCAUGAUCGAGGUGAUGCUGCUGCCCGACUGUUGCUACAGCGACGAGGGCCUGGCCACCGACGGGACCGACCUUAGUGACCCGGCCAUCAAGCAGGACGCUCUGCUCCUGGAGAGAUGGACCCUGCAGCCCGUGCCCAGACAGAGUGGAGAUCGCUUCAUCGAGGAGAAGACUCUGCUGCUGGCCGUGCGCUCCUACGUCUUCUUCUCCCAGCUCAGCGCCUGGCUCAGUGCCUCACACGGAAUUGUCCCCAGAAACAUCCUCUACAGAAUAAGCGCCGCAGACGAGGAACUGGUGUGGAACUUCUCCCAGACCCCGUCGGAGCACGCCUUCCCUGUCCCCAACGUCUCGCACAGCGUGGCCCUCAAGGUCCGCGUGCAGUCACUGCCGCGCCAGCCCAACUACCCAGUCCUCAAGUGUAGCAUCCACUCCGGCCUCCCGCUGCUGGGCAAGAAGGGCCUAGACCCCACCACCGAGAGCCUGGUGCGCAGUGCCGAGCUGAGCGAAGCUCUCAGCCCCCACCUCCACCACCACCCCUGCCUGCCGGGCUCGCCCCUCUUCCAGCGUCCUCCCCUCAAUCACCACCACUCUAUGCCCCCUCAGAGCCCCCGGAAUUCCCGCAAAUGUCCCCUGCCCGACGCUCUGCCCCCCAGCAAAGCCGUGAAGUGGUUCUACUCUAAGCUCAGCAGCUCUCCAGACACGCGGACGCCCUUGGACUGCUACAAUCCUUGUGCCAACGGGACGGAGAGCCCCAAGGCCCCCCCUCCGCAAGGCAGGGAGUCCCCCGUCCGAGCGUUCAAGUCCCUCUCCCUGGGUGACCCGCUGGCCGCGCCUGGCGUCAGCCCUCGUCUCUCGGCGGGCGAGACCAACCCUCUGAUUGGCUCCCUGCUGCAGGAGAGACAGGAGGUGAUAGCGCGCAUCGCCCAGCGCCUGAACUUCUGCGACCCCACCGCGCCCCACCUCCCCGACGGCCUCUUCUCCGUCUCGACUGCUCCUCAGAGCUCCAAGUCCUCCGCGCCUGAGCAGGAGCCACUGCUGUACAAGAAGACCAAAGAACCGCCCUGCUUCCACGGCCUGACACAGCCACAGCAGCAGAAGCAACAGCAGCAGCCGCCGCCACACUCGCACCAGAACGACACAGAGGAGGAGCGCCACCACCGGCCCUCUCGGCCAUCUCCCUUCGACACGCCCGUCAGCCCUCGUAGCCGCAGCCGAUUGGACCACGACUCGCAGCAGAGCCACCCCUCCACCACUUCCUCUCCCUCCGCCUCGUCCAAGCCCGCCUCCUGCCGUCGUCUGCUGCUCCCGGAGCCGGCCGACAACAGCUCGCUGCUGAGCGAGGCGGUGCAGGACAUCUCGCGCCUCAUCCAGGAGCGGCUCCAGCAGUCCCACCAGCUGCUCCACUGCACCUACAAGCUCUGCCGCCAGGGGGGCCUGGUGAAGGGGGACCAGGCGGAGUCUAGUAACGGGCACUGCAACGCCUCGCCACCAUCACUGCCGCCACCUUCGCCCAGCUCACCCAGUACCCUCAAUGGCACCAUCACCAGAGAGCACGAUUGUUCCCGCAAGCCCUCCUCACCCGCACAGAACAUCAUGGCCUGUCCCAAACUUGAAGCAAUGAUGCCGCAUCGGCCCAAGUCGCCGGCGUCCGCAUCGGACCGUUUACAGAAUGCCAAAAAGGAGGCGUGCCGCCGCAGCCCCAGCCCUCUGAGGGACGGCUGCCUCCGGCCCCCGGUCCUCAGGGACAUCACCCAGAGGCCCAAGCAGAGAGGCUCGUCCCCCAGCCACAGCCCCAGAAACCUCAGCCGCAGCCCCAGCCCCAGCCCUAGCCCCAGCCCCAGCCCCAGCCCCAGCCCGAGCCCUCCUGCCUUCACUGACGCCCCCAAGAUGGACCUCAUCCACAGCCUCGCUCUCAGGGACUCCCCGAGCCCAGUCAACCACACAGACGCCACCCAGCCCUAUUCGCACACUCACCCUUACUCACACCCCCAUGCCCUCAGAGAAUCCGCCUACAGCCCCACGCCUCGAGAUGGCACCCACAGACCCCUAAUCUGGGACGCUGCCCAGCGGGAUGUCCGGGGGGGUGCCCUCACCGACAGGGACAACACGACCCAGCCCACUUGCACAGAAUUGGCACCGGUCGCUGAAAAAGCUGACCCACGGCCACGCGAUGAAAACCAAGACCCUUCGAACUCCACAACCUGCACAGCCACUAGCCUUACCCACGCGGCCCACAGCCCUGACCGAAGCCCCUUUCACUCAGACAGGAUUGUCAACGGAGAUGCCAGGAGUCCUCUGAGAGCAAACCCUCCUGCGUCUCCUCUGAAGCCGUGCAAUAACUGGAAGAAGCAGAAUCGCCACUCCAUAGAUGGGACCAACACCAAAGCGUUCCAUCCCUGCACAGGCCUGCCUCUCCUGUCCAGCCCAGUUCCUCAAAGGAAAAGCCAGACUGGAUAUUUCGACUUAGACACAUCACUGAUACGCUGCAAAACCCAGCCAUGGGCCACUAGCAAAAGAGCCAGUUUGAAGCGAGAGGGGGAUGAAUGCGAGCCUCCCCAGCACCUGAUUAGCGCUAGUGCCCCACCUGCUAGCCUCAGCCUACUGGGGAACUUUGAGGAGUGUGUGCUGAACUAUCGGCUCGGACCUCUGGGAACGAUAGAGGGUUUCGCAGCUGAGGUGGGCGCCAGUGGAACCUUCUGCCCCAGUCACAUGACCUUUCCCGUGGACGUGUCCUUCUACAGUGUCUCAGACGACAAUGCACCUUCCCCCUAUAUGGGUGUGAUUAACCUAGAGUCCCUUGGCAAAAGGGGCUAUCGAGUGCCUCCAUCCGGAACCAUUCAAGUGACCUUAUUCAACCCAAACAAGACGGUGGUGAAGAUGUUUGUGGUGGUGUACGACUUGCGCGAGAUGCCAGCGGGCCACCAGACCUUCCUCAGGCAGAGAACCUUCUCCGUCCCUGUCAAGAGGGAGUCCAGCAGCGGCCAUGUCAGCAAGAAGCCCCUGCCCCUCAGUCAGGGACGCACCCUGCGCUACCUCGUACACCUGAGGUUCCAGAGUUCCAAAUCUGGGAAGAUCUACCUCCACCGAGACAUCCGACUUCUGUUCUCACGCAAAUCCAUGGAAGUGGACAGUGGUGCUGCCUACGAGCUGAAAUCCUUUACGGAGUCACCUGCCAACCCACGCUUCUCCCCCAGAUGCUAGCAACCGCCUGCAAGGCCGGUCCUGCUCUGACUGGGGCCCUUAUAGCAAAACUACAGCCUCCCAGGGGCAAGCUUUGCCUGAUGUCUGGCCUUCCGUUUUUAUUUGUUUACUGUUCUGUUCCAAAGCAGCUUGACUAGAUGUUUCCCUCACAGUCAAAUCAGUGAACACAUGCAUCAUCAUCAUCACAAGAGAAGGAAGUCCAUGUGGCUGUUUGUGUCCCAUCAAUGAAUGUCCGUGGCAAUCAAUGCAGAAUGGUUCAAAACUGUUGUCUCGAAAAAGACUUGACUCUUGACCAGACUGAGGCUUCUUCGUAUCAGUUCUUGUUUUUCGCUUCUUCAAUAAUGUGUCUGCACAGACACAGGGCUGCCCACCCCACCCCAUCCAUCCGCAUAUCAUAUGCAGGCUGUCUUCAGUGCUUGGUCCCCUAAAUAAUCAAACUUGGCCAGUGGGAGUGAUUGGUUAUGUCAGAUGUAGAUCUACUUUCUACUUUUCUUUUUUUUGCCCCCCAAGUAUUUGAUGUAACACGGUUGACAUAAGCCGUUAUGGCUGUCAAAACCAUGGACCAGUUUUCCAAGAUUAACAAGCAAUCAAAGCCAGAGAAUACUACACAUUUGAGUCAUGUUUGAGAGAGAGAGAGAGAGCGAGAGAGCACUGUGUAUUUCCAUGAGAACUGGAAAUUUGAAAGUAAUAAUAUUCUAAUACCUAUUUUUUGUACUGUUACAGAACCACUUUAUCGGAAGUGUUGCAAUAGAAGAAAAAUAAAAAUACAAAUUAUCUUACUAGUUUAGUGUUUACAUAUUUACUUUGUCAGUUAUUUAAUAUUUAAAUUAAUAUUUCAUUUACUGCACAUGUGAUGGCCGUCAUGCUAAGCAUUAUGAUGUAGUGCAAAAUGUUUCAAUCAUAAUAUGUAUUUUUGACUUUAAUAUUCAGAUCUGAAAUAAAUAUAUAUUAUAUCUUUAAA